AUGACUAAAUCAAUUGUACAAGCUUCAAUUAGACAAAAGAGCACGGUUAAUUAUUCACGUAAACACACCUCUCCCUACUGUUCUGUGAAUCAGGAACAAGAAUACCGUCUGAAUCUCCUCCGGCAACGUGCAAAACAAGAACCAGCUGAGAACACACAGAAUGCAAAAGAGAAUUUGGGCAGACAAGCGGAAGAAAUAUCAUCACAGCACGUUAAUUUCUGGGCAGAAUUGGAGGAAAAGUCAAAUAAAGUAAUACGGAAGAAUCCAGAGUAUGAAUCGGAGAAGAAAGCAAAAGAAGAUAAAUGGGAAAGGAACGUUACCAUGUACUUGGAUAACGUUACUAGAAAUCAAAGUCCGUGGUAUAAUGCAAGAUCAACAGAUGUAGAAAUAGGUCCUUUGGAUAAAGACGGGGAGAAACGAAAAGCAAAAACACUUCGCGAUGCAAAAGCCAAGACCCGUCAAGAUCCUCUCUCAACUAUCUCAACAUCUCUAUCCAAGAGACAUAAAAAGUCCAAACGCUCUUCAACUUUAUCACUUCCCUCCUCGUCUAAGCACUCACAAUCCUCCUUGUCGUCUUCACAAUCCCUAUCCACUAUUGAAAAACUGAGACAGGAACGUCUCGAGCGCGAGAACCAAGAACGUCUUCGCACCGAACGGCUACUUUCUCAAAUAUCGGGUCACUCUACAUCGACAGAUCCUGAAGAGAGUGAUCUUCCGCGUGGGAAGUAUUAUUCGCAGUUUAAUCCUGAGGCGACUGCUGCUGUGCGGGAGAGGAGAGGGGACAGAAAGGAAAGAUACAGUGAUAAAUAUAGAAUUCGGAACGAGGAGAGGAGAGAUAAGGAGACAUAUAGGCCGUAUUAG